CCUGUCUCCCUGUGUGUAACAGUGAGUACAGUUUGAGUGAUGUCAGACGUGAUCUCAUCUCUGCACUGGGAGCAUCAGACUGACCAAUCAGUAGUGAGGGAGGUGCAACAGGGUUUAAAAGCAAAGUUGUUUCUCUGAAAAUCAACAUUUCCGCCUGGCUCUUCAUCAUUGGCGAGGGACUCUCGAUGCUAUCCGCCAAACGAGAAGCUACAAAAUGAAUUAUGUUUCUGGAUUCCUUUCAAUCGUUAUUGCUUUGUUCAUCUCUUCAACAGGGGCUGAAGAUGUGGUGUAUAGUCAGGUGGGAGGGACGGUCACACUCCCCAUAUUGAAGUGGGGUUCAGAAAAGGUGACGGUACAAUGGUACUUUGGGAUGGACCAAAAAUCUUUGAUAUUCCGCAACGCCCAGGGUCGAGAGACAAUAGAUCCAGAGUGGAAAGACAGGCUGUCUCUGUCCAAGACGGACUUCUCCCUGAUCAUCAACAAAAUCAGACUGGAGGACUUCAAAUCCUUCAAAUGUGAACUGAAAGAUUUCUGGCCAACACAAAGGACCUCAGUCACCACAUUCAGACUGUCCCAUGUGAGUGUACAGCCAGUCUCUCCCCUGUUGGCUGGGAAGAAUCUUAAUCUGAAUUGUGACAUAAAGGAAAUAUUUGAGGGGACACAGAGAAGAUGGCUUAGUCCCCAGAAACAGGACCUGAACAAGGACAAGCGUGCCCAGAUUGGAAAUAACGGGGGCCUGACAGUAAUGAAUGUCACUGGCCAAGACAAUGGAGAGUGGACCUGUGUGGUGACAUACCAGGGCAGGGAAGCCUAUGCCAACACCCCUGUUACUGUAAUAGACCUCUCCCCUGCUCAUCCACAGCCUAUCUACACCUCUGUCUCCUCCCUCUCUCUUCUCCAUCUGCCAUGUUUCUUUUCCAUUCCGCUUCCUCUAUCCUGGUCAGACAGCCAGGAGAAGAGCAUCCAGGGAGGCAGCUGGACCUUUACCCCAAGCCCAGCGGCAGGCUCCCUCACUGGGGUCGUCCAGACCCUCGUCAACCUCUCCCCGGGGCCUCCAUUAGCCUGGGUGGCCAAUCAGAAGAGAGGGCUGGAUGUCUCAGCCCUGCAGAGGAAAAAUAUAAACCUCUCCCUGUCAAAGAAAGGGGUGACAGAGGGGGACAGAGGCGACUACACCUGCGCUGUGGAGUUCCAGAGGGACGACACCCUGAAGAGAAAAAUGCGUGUGGAGGUGCUACAGGUGUUUACCUCUCCAGGUCCAGUGGCCUUUUUAGGUCAGGAGGUCAACCUCACCUGUACCCUGGGCCAGCCUCUGACCUCUGACCUGGAAGUGAAAUGGAUCCCACCACAUCACUCCUCCCUCCUCCCUUUAGACUCCUCCCCCCACCCCACCCUUCUCACCAUCCCCGAAGCGACGUAUGGAAAUGGUGGGAGGUGGAGGUGUGAAUUGUGGAGGAACAAAACCAAGCUGACAUCAGUGGAGAUCACUCUGAAGAUAGAGCGAGUCCCCAUGGACGUGUGGCUGUUGGUCACCAUCUGUGCCGCAGCCAUCAUCUUCGUCCUCCUCCUCAUCCUCACUGUCAUCCUCAUCCGACGCCACAGACAGCGGGUGAUGAUGCCCAGACGUGGCAAACGCAGAUUCUGCAACUGCCAAGACCCCAAACCAAAAGGAUUCUACAGAAACUAGAGAUAUUGUACAGACCGGAACCCCUGUCAAUGGACAAUGUGUCUACUGUUUUGUCUUAGCUCUUCUAUUCUGAUAAAAAGAAACACCAAAAGGACAAAAUAAGCAAGAAAGAAGAUGUUUUCAUGUGAUAUUGAUCAUAGAUUUCACAAGUGUAUAUUGUCAUGCUUUAUGACCUAUGAUUGAGCUACAAUUGAACAAAUACUGUAUAUAAAUAUGUAUAGCUACUGUCACUUUUGUAUUACUGUACACUGUAUUACUGUUCCAUGACAUAGACUGACCAGGUUAAUCCAGGUGAAAGCUAUGUCACUUGUUAAAUUCACCAUGGGUUGUGUGCGUGUGCCAUUCAGAUGCUGAAUGGGCAAGACACAAAAUGUAAGUGUCUUUGAACGGGGUACUUGUAGUAGGUGCCAGGCGCACCGGUUUGUGUCAAGAACUGCAACACUCCUGGGGUUUACACGGUCAACAGUUUCCUGUGUGUAUCGCAGUGAAGGCUACUCAGAGGAGGAAGGGGAGGACCAUCCUCCUGAGUGAAUGCCCUAAAAAUAAAAAUAGUGAAACAUAA